UCAACCAUGAUAUCCAGUCUUGCGUGGGUGCGCAAAGGAGCAGCACAAGAAGUGCCAGCAAGAGUCAAGCUCACUGAUGAAGACUUUUCAAGAAUAUCCGCUCAAAUGGGCGAUCAGCUGAAACUUGCCAAGGAUGAUUUGGCAGCCAUGCAAGACGACGAUGACGUUGACCAUGACGCUACACAUUCAGAUACAGACAUGGAAGCCGCUGUUCCUGAACAGGCUGAAAUUACCGAGACUGGUAAUGAAUUAGAUAUUUACAAACUGGAUACUUAUGACGACGACGAAGAGGCAGAUAGCGAUGGACCUGACGAGGAUGGCCGCAUAUCUCUUUUCUCCAAGGUUCGUGGUCUUGCUUACCACAACAGCAAUAAGGAAGAUCCCUAUAUUGAACUAGGAGAUAGCGACGAAGAUGAUGAGUUGGAUGAGAUGCGUAUUUCUCCAACAGAUAAUCUUAUUUUAGCUGCAAAAACUGAGGAUGACAUUUCACAUAUUGAGGUUUAUGUAUACGAAGAAAGCGAGGAUAAUCUAUUUGUUCAUCACGACAUUUUGCUGCCUAGUUUUCCACUUUGCCUUGAAUGGCUUGAUUUUCCAUCUGGUAGGAAUUUAGGUCAAUCCACUCCAGGAAAUUAUAUUGCGGUUGGUACUUUUGAGCCUCAAGUCGAGAUUUGGAAUUUGGAUACAAUAGAUUCACUGUUUCCCGAUGUAAUCCUUGGUGCACUCCCAAGCUCUCAAACAAGUGCAGCUGACAAAAAAAAGAAAGGCGGACCUCUUCGUACAGCUAAACGAUCCAACGCCGAAACUCAUGUUGAUGCUGUCAUGGCUAUUUCAUGGAACACUGUGCAGCGGAAUUUGAUUGCAACCGGUUCUGCUGAUGCAACCGUAAAACUAUGGGAUCUCAAUCGUCCCGAAACGGCUACAGCCAACUACACCCCACAUCGAAACAAGGUUCAAGCCGUGCGAUGGAACAAGUUUGAGCCUGCUGUUCUUCUCACUGGUGGGUAUGAUAAACGUGUAUGCGCAUUUGAUUCUCGGGCACCAGAUACUGUUGCAAUGUGGAAGCUUUCUGCAGAUGUGGAAUGUCUCUUGUGGGAUCCUAUGCACUCUGAACGGUUUUUUGUUAGUACUGAAGACGGUCUUGUCAAGGCCUUUGACGUGCGCCUUGGCACGACUAUCACUCAUACUGCUGGAAACAAGUCAACUAAAAACGUGAACGAGCCUGUGUCGGAUUCGCUGUUUACGUUGCAUGCACAUGAUUCAGCAGUAUCUGCUAUGGAUUUGAGUCCAUUUGCUGAUGGUCUGCUUGUAACUGGAUCUGGUGAUAAAAAUGUCAAAGUCUGGUCAAUCAAAGAGAAUCAGCCAAUAUGUAUUCUCUCGCGGGAUAUUGAAGUGGGCAAAGUGUUUUCGGCAAACUUUUCACCCGAUGCACCUUACACGAUCUCACUUGCUGGCAGUAAAGGCAAAGUCAUUGUGUGGAACUUGGAAGAUAAUGCCAACGUACGUCGUGCUUUCCCGAUCCGUCAACACAGACAAUCCAAAGAGCCACGUAAGGAGCUUGUUGCAAUGGAGCCAGACGACGAACCAGAAGAUGAUGACGCAGAUGAUGUGCCUUUAGACGAUGAGGAUGAAGAUGAGGAUCACGUUUAA